CAGGCGUGCGGGUGUAAUUUACCCUAUAUAUUUAUUUUUUUGAGAAGUAUAUAUAAACAUUAAGGAAAAAGAAUAUAGGGCGGAUGGUAUGAGUAUGACAAUGGACGCAACUCAGAGUACGGCAAUGGAGUUUCUGAAACGAGCGGUUUCGGAAGUACUGAAACAUGAAUUAGAGACAGUAAAUAAAUUAGAUGAUAUGCUUCGAAGCAUUCAUCAAAUACGACGCUUAAAUCUAAUUAAUGAUGCAGUUUAUGCAGGGUCGCGGAAACAUAGUGGUGUUUAUAUCAGGACGAAAAUUGGAUAUACAUUAAAGGAGAAAAUGUGUUUUAUGAAAGGUAUCAAGUUAUACGAAAACUUAAUCACUGUUGAAAAGCUCUCUAGAUUGAAUGACUUUGUCAAUGAACUACGAGUUGCUGGUCAGAAUGGCAAACUCUCAGGGGAGACAUUCGGUUCAUAUAACCAGCAUACAAGAAAGAAUAGAGAGUUCAUUCAGUUUGGGGUUCCCAUGUUUGAGCUGAUAAAAGUAGACGAAACCAACCAAUUCCCGACAAGGUAUAUUGAGCCAAUCCCUACUCUUCUCCAAGGUCUAAUCGAGGAAGCAAUUCAGCGGAAUUGGAUUCCAAAAGAUAGGAGACCAAAUGGCUGCAUAAUUAACUUCUUUGAUGAGGGAGAAUAUUCACAUCCUUUUGUGAAACCGCCUCACUUGGACCAGCCUAUUUCCAUCUUAAUCCUCUCUGAAUCAAGAAUGGCUUUUGGUGACACGGUUUUAGGUGGUACAAGUAGAACGAUUUUAGGUGACGGCAAAGGAAAUUAUAGAAGAGGUUUCAUACUUUCUCCUCUCAAGGAAGGAUCUCUUUUAAUCUUGAACGGAAUAAGUUCAGACACAGUCCACGCGAUGUGCGCCUCACCCAACAAGAGGGUUAUCAUUACUUUCUUCAAAGUUCAGACAUAGCCUUCAAAGUUCGGAUAGCUUCGUUGAAAUUAUCGGUUUCUACAUAAUUACGUAAAAUGCACUUGAUCCAGUAUCUUUCCCAAACUAGUGUGCUAUUCAUUGCGUUAUCACCCUUGUGAUAUUUUCUGAAAUUCUAGCUAUUAUAUUCAAAUUUCUUUAUACGUUUAUGUUGCA